ACUUGAAAUGCUCUGGCUCUUAAGAGUAGAUCUCCUCCUCCUCUCUCCCACUCUCUCUCUUUGUGUGUCUAUAUACUCCGCUAUAUUCAGCUCACUCCUUCAGUCGCGGUUACCGGGCGUGCGGUUGCCAGGAGAGACGCGCGUGCAGUGCAGUGUACAGUUUUAACGGCAGAGCGGCACGGGAUCUCCCCCGCCAUUUCCUCGUGUCGAGCCCUGGAAUGUCGAGUAGCGGCUCGGGCUCUUCCUCGCGGAAGGAGUUCGAUGUGAAGCAGAUCCUGAGGAUCCGAUGGAGGUGGUUCGGUCACCCCGCGGUCCCUCCGCCUCACUCCCCGCCGCUAGGAGACUACUUCCCCGGCAGGAGAGCGGGCGGCAGCUCCGGAGACGGACCCUCAGUUAGCGGCUCUAGCAACUCGAAUUCAAAUAGCGUAAACCCCAGCGCGGGGAGUCACGGCGGUCUGGUGGCCAGUGGCAGCGCUGGGUCUAACCUGUGCAACGGCAGCGGCAGCAGCAGAAAGUUUGCUGAUCCGGCUGGGAGCCGGGGCGGUCCGGGAGGAGCGGCAGCUGGAGCGACGGGGAGCUCCUGUCCCCGCUCGUUCAGCCAGCCAGAGUGCCGAAGCUCCUCCGCAGCGCUGUCCUGGGUCUCCCCGCCGCCUCAACGUCGCUCUCGCCCCGUGACGAGCAUGGAGCCCCCCGGGGAGGCCCCUGCACCCCAGCUGGUGCCCGAGCCCCCCGGGGUUGAGGAGGAGGCGGCGGCGGCGGCGACAGCAGCGGUGGCGGCAGCAGCAUGCAACGAGGAGAACAACAACCACCCGGAAACAGACUCCAGCUCUUGCAGGACGUCUAACAGUAGUGCCACGCUGUCCUCAUGUGUGUCAAUGGAGCAGUGCGCGUGUCCAGAGGAGUGCAUGUUUACCGCUCUGUCCCAUGCUGAUGUCACCUUCCGCAAGAUGGAGGGCUACCUGCGGACUAGACAGCUUUGUGAUGUCAUACUGGUGGCUGGUGAGAGGCGAAUACCUGCUCACAGGCUUGUCCUCUCAUCUGUGUCUGACUACUUUGCUGCAAUGUUCACCAGUGAUGUGCGGGAAGCCAAGCAGGACGAGGUGAAGAUGGAGGGUGUAGACCCUGAUGCAUUGUGGGUCCUGGUGCAGUAUGCAUACACAGGCCGUCUUGAGUUGAGGGAAGACACCAUUGAGUCUCUGUUGUCAGCCUCCUGCCUGCUGCAGCUGUCAUCUGUAGUUCAGGCUUGCUGUUCCUUCCUCAUGAAGCAGCUCCACCCCUCCAACUGUCUCGGCAUCCGCUCCUAUGCUGAUGCUCAGGGCUGCCAUGACCUGCAGCGGGCUGCUCACGCCUACACCAUGGAGCACUUUCUGGAGGUGGUUGGAGGCCAGGAGUUCCUCCUACUACCAGUGGAGGAGAUGGAAAGGCUCCUCACAUCUGAUGACAUUAACGUGCCGGAUGAGGAAACCGUGGUUACGUCUUUGCUAACCUGGGUCCGUCAUGACGCUUCCACUCGACAACGCCACCUACCCCGGCUGCUGGCUCAUAUCAGACUCCCGCUGCUGCAACCACAGUUCCUAGCGGACCUUGAGAGCAACCCUCUCCUCCGGGAAAGUGUAGAGUGCCAACGCCUCCUGAUGGAGGGGAUGAAGUAUCACCUUUUACCCCAGCGUCGGCCCCUGCUUCAGAGCCCCCGCACUCGGCCUCGCAAGGCCACCGUAGGGGCCAUGUUCGCUGUGGGUGGCAUGGAUGCUACUAAAGGUGCCACGACUAUUGAGCAGUAUUGUUUACGUCGAGACACCUGGAGGCAGGUUGCCACCAUGAGUGGACGGAGACUACAGUUUGGUGUAGCAGUCCUCGACGGGCGUCUCUACGUAGUUGGAGGGCGAGACGGACUCAAGACACUCAACACUGUGGAGUGUUACAACCCACACAGCAAAACCUGGAGCGUCAUGCCCCCCAUGUCCACACACAGGCAUGGCCUAGGUGUGGCUGUUCUAGAGGGACCCAUGUAUGCAGUAGGAGGACACGAUGGCUGGAGUUACCUCAGUACAGUGGAAAGGUGGGACCCUCAAGGACGCCAGUGGAGCUUUGUUGCAAGCAUGGUUACACCUAGAAGCACAGUGGGAGUAGCUGUUCUCAAUGGCAAAUUGUAUGCAGUAGGAGGUCGUGACGGCUCAUCCUGCCUGCGUUCGGUGGAGUGUUUCGACCCCCACACCAACAGGUGGAGUGGUUGUGCCCCUAUGGCUAAAAGGCGUGGAGGUGUGGGCGUGGCCACGUGGCACGGGUUCCUGUACGCCAUCGGAGGCCACGAUGCUCCGGCGUCAUCCCUGGCAUCUCGGUUAAGUGAUUGUGUGGAAAGGUAUGACCCUCAGACAGAUGUGUGGACAGCUGUGGCUCCCAUGAGCAUCAGCAGAGAUGCCGUAGGUGUUUGUCUCCUUGGUGAUCGUCUGUACGCUGUGGGCGGGUAUGACGGCCAGGUGUAUCUCAAUACUGUGGAAGCUUACGACCCUCAGACAAACGAGUGGAAACAGGUAGCACCUCUGUGUCUGGGCAGGGCAGGCGCGUGCGUGGUGGCUGUCAGACUGUGAAAACACAACCUCACAUAGUAGAUGGCAGACUGUUCAUCAUAUGGCUCGCAGACCCUCCUCUUUGCCACCGCCGACACUGCUGGGGACACCGAGAGGUCUUUCCGGCCACACCAGGAAACUGUUUGCAAACACUCUUCAGCAAAGACACAUUUUACUCUGCGUAAUGCCGACUAAUCCUUCAGAUUUUAGGCAGAUUAGGGUUCAGGUACAUGUCAGUAGCUCUCUGAUAAAGUUCUCACGUCCCGAUACUUUGUGCCACAGAAGUGAACUGCCAGAAAUACACAUGGCAGAGAGGAAAUCUGCAGUGUUUAUCCGAGCUCGACAGAACAGCUGUCCCACACAUACCGUACGUGCGCGUGUAAAUCUACACGGCUGCUUUCAGCUCCCAUUUGUGCUGAGCAAAAAGGUGGAAGACAGAGCGAGAUUGUCAAAACUGCCUCAUCACGUUACGCUCUUCGUUUCUCCAAACAGUAUCUGAUGCUGUGUACUGAUGCUAUUUUAAGAUAGUCCCUAUUAUUUUUAUGCUGCAGUUGGCAAGUGCUCUUCUUCCCCUUGGUUUUUCCCACCGUUACCCACCGACAGAUGAAAGAAAGACUUUUGACAUAAUCAGCACACCCUCACGAACAGCGAUUCUGUGAGGAACUACAAUUUUCAUGCAAAAACAUUUCAUGCUUCAUCAAAUAUUUCUGCGCGUAUGUCUUCCAUGUUGCAUCAGCUCACAUCUGAAGCCUCUGCAAUGCUGUGGUAUGAAGUUUAUCUCAGCGUUUUAAUUUUUUUUUUCUGCGCCAGAAGAUUGUCCAACUUUUUACUUCGUUGUUUGUUUUUAACUGCCAUUUUUGCACAACUCUAGGUCCAUUAAGCAGGAUAUUUGGGUUUGAAGUGUGUGUGUGUGUGUGUGUGUGUGUGUGUGUGUGUGUGUGUGUGUGUGUGUGUGUGUGUGUGUGUGAGAGAUGAUAAUGGUGAUAACACUGUGAUCCUUUGUUGAUCCCUGCAGGAAAAUUUUGUUUUCAAUUUCCUCCAGACCACAGGGUCAGCUAUUUACAGGCAGGGUCUGUUCAGCUACCGUAUUUUUUCCCUCCGCUGUAGACGUUUCUUCAUUUCCUGUGUGUCUGUGUGUGUCUGUGUGUGUGUUGGGUGCUCAGAAAUUGCAAGGAGUAUAUUUUUAUCUCAAAUGAGAAUCUUCCCCCUCUUCCCCUCACCACAUCUUCAAUUCCCUGCUGCUUUCUCUUCAUCCCCGUUUUCCCACUUCAUCACCGCACGUACACACACACACGUUUGCUUGCACCGCUUCGCUUUAGAACCCAAUUUCAGGCCCAGAAAAAUGAACAACAGACCAUAUAAUGAGACCAUGAAUUUAAUAACGUUGAUUCAGCCGGUGCCGAUAUUUUGUUUGAUGUCGAGUUCAAAGCGUUAUUGGAUUCGAUGGUACUGCAGACAAAACAUAAGAGAUGAGGGGCAGACGAAUGCUGUGGAACAAACUCUGUGGGUCAGGAAACGUAGGGAAUGCAUGGAAAGGUUCUGACAGCAGAUUCCCUACCGGCACACGGCACAAAGAUUUCAUGCUGCAUCCUUAAUUGUGCAUUUCCUGUCUGUUUCCUGUUGGUCAUGUUGUGUGUGUGUGUGUCUGUCUGUCUGUCUGUCCAGUGCAGAGCAAGGAAACUCCUGACAGUGAGAGGCAAAACAGGCUUCCUCUCUGAACUGACAGAUGUAGGGCUAAUGUAGCCCCCAGGAUGCACUUUACAAACACACACGGGCAUAUCACACGCACACAAAGACACACUUAACCACACAGCUGAAAGCCAAGCGCCCCAGGAGCCGGUGAAGACUGAAAAGCCGCCCAAAUUUGCCAGCUUGACAUCUAAAAAGCGGAGAAGCGAAGGCUCGCAAUUCCCCACAGCCGAGCUGAUGUUUAUUCAAGCCUAAUGCACUGCUGCAUUAUUCUAUUUUCUCCCCCACCCUCGCUUGCUUCUUCAAACCUGCCUGGUGUUUAUUUAGAGUAAUUCUCUUCAGAUCACAGCAGAAGAAGUGUGUCAUCUCCACUGUGUCGUGUGAUUUCAGCAAGAGGUUAAAAAUAACAUAAAACACAUUCCAAAUCUAACUAUAACUGUAUAUUAUGUACAUAAAUAAAUAUAAAGUCUGAAUGUAGUCUUACUGCAUUACGGUGUCUAUAUUAUACACUUCCCACUGAAUAUGCUGGGUGUUAUUGUGUUUUGUUUUUUGUAACAUGAAUUCAGAUGAUGAAGCGAUGUAAUAAAAGCGGUCGGUGGGAAACUGCACAGCUGCUCGUCUUUUACAAAAUACAUUAUGUAUGUACAAUAUAUGCUGCUGUAGCUAUCAUUGGUCUUUUAUACAUUAAAGUCAAGAUGUGAUUUACCA